AUGAGAGAUUUCAUUAAACUUGAUGAAAUUAUUGCAAAGCAAGUUCAAAUUGGAGACCUUGAUCAUCUCAACGAUGGAAUUGUCGAAUGUAUUAUUAAUGAAUACAAUGAAAAUAUGCCUGUGAAUGGCAGAAUUCGUAAUAUUGCUAAGAAUAGAAAAAUGAUUUGCAACAAAAUAAGAAGAUUACCGAAAAAACUGUCAAAAAUUAAUAUUAUAUCAACGAAUGCAUCCAAAAGCUCACAUGCAUUAGAAGAGGAAACAAAUUGCUCUGAACCAUUGUUAAAUGAAGCUGAACAGUGCGCAUUAGAAGCUUUAAUAAAUCUAUGCGAAACGGAAGAACAAUAUAAAGUACAGAACAUUACAUUGGAAGCUCAGAAACCAGACAACGCAUGUUUUAGUGUGGAUGAAAUGUCCGCUAUAGAUGCAUUCAAAAGCAUCCCAUUAGAACACCUGCCAUUAGAAAAUGGGCUUUUAAGUCAAGAAGAAAUGUGCGCUUUAGAUGCUUUGAUUAGCUUAUGUGAAUGCAUAGAAGUAAGCGACAUUCAACUUCGUGCAUCAAAUAUGAUGCCAGUUGAAAAUAUAAUGACAUUUUUGGAAGAAGAAAUGAUUGAUGAAAGUCAUAAUUUUAUGGAAGAGUGUCAUGUAAAGGAAAAUGAGUGUGACAUUAUGACACAUCAAGUUCGAAAUGGUCAAGAAUGUGUCAAUGCUGGAAAAAAUUGUAAUUCAAAUAUAGAGGGCAUUUUAACCAAUUUCGUAGACCAAUUAAAAGGUAUGCUUGAAAAUCUUUUUGAAAAAUAUUAUAAAUAUAAUAUAGACAAAGAAAUAAAUUAUAAUAAUAAUGCAUAUGAUAAAUUACGCAAUAGUGAAUUGAAUGUACUUGGGACUACUUACCGCCCGCCGCCAACAUACGGCCCGCCGCCAAUAUACGGACAGCCGUAUUACAAUGGUGGGCAGUAUUAUGGGCCACCCAUUCAAGAAGGCCAGCUGUAUUGGUCACCACCACCGCCCACGAACACACCACCAACGGCUAUACCACCACCACCCACGACUACACCACCAACAGCAACAACUCCACCUACAGCUAUACCACCUACAACUACACCACCUACCGCUAUACCACCACCGCCCACAACAGCAACAACCCUAACACCACCUACGGCUGUUCCACCAACAACAACCCCAAUACCACCACCACCCACGCUUGCACCGCCAAUUGCAACCCCAACACCACCACCUGUACCAGAAACUCCACCACCAACACCUCCACAAAACAAUUAA